AGCGCAUCUCGUGUUCCUAUUGGCUAGAAGCAAACCGAUUUCGCGCCGUUCCGAAUAACCGGAAGUGAGGGGAAGCUGCCUCAGUGCGAGGGGUCUAUGCUCUUUAUUAUUUUUUUUUUUUGUGAGUAAAUAUUUUAAAACCCUCCCGACCAUUUGAAGAGAUUCAAAAUGCGGGGAGAUGAGAAUGAUUCGGACUCUGGCAAAUCAGACGAAGGAGCCUCGAUUCAGAGAAGCUUUGAAACGCUUUGUCAAGAAUUAAACAUGGACGAAGAGACGGCGACAGAGGCUUUGCAAAACUUUACUUCUAUUUGGAACACCUAUACUCUGGAGGGUGAGGUGGUGCACUGGUUGGCCUGCUCUCUCUAUGCAGCUUGUAGAAAAACUUCAACUCCCACUAUAGGUAGUGGCAUGUUGGAAGGCAACUGUGUCUCUCUUACCAGAAUACUACGGUCCUCCAAACUCAGCCUUAUUCAGUUCUUCAGCAAGAUGAAGAAAUGGGCAGACAUGUCGAAUCUCUCGCAGGAUUUCCGCAACCGUGUAACCCGUCUAGAAAGGAAUUUCGAAGUCUCUGCUGUACUCUUUCGAAAAUUCGAGCCAAUAUUUUUGGACAUGUUCCAGAAUCAUCAAGGUGAACCACCACGGCAACCAAGAGGCAGGAAGCAUAGGCGCCUUCUCUGCCACACCAAUGAUGUUUUCAAGUUCUGUUGGACGUUGUUUGUGUACACCAAAGGCAACUUUCAUAUGAUUGGAGAUGAUUUAGUCAACUCGUACCAUCUCCUUUUGUGCUGUCUGGACCUGGUCUAUGGGAAUGCUUUGCUCUGUGCCAACAAGAAAGACCUCAUCAAUCCAUUUUUCAAAGGCUUUCCAACAGAUGACGGAAGCUCUGAAGAGGCUCAGUGUGCUCUUGAGCAUUUGUGCAAAAUGCACGAUGGUCUAAUUGUUGAAGCGAAAGGGAUAAAAGAGCACUACUUUAAACCUUACAUCAGAUGUCUGUUUGAGAAAAAGAUUCUUAAAGGAAACAAAGACACACUUACUGAGCUGUUGGACACUCCAAACUUCCAGGACAAUAACAAAGCUAUAAAUCGUGAAUAUGAAGAAUAUGUCCUGACGGUGGGUGACUUUGAUGAACGGGUGUUUUUGGGUGCUGAUGCGAACGAGGAGAUUGGAACGCCACACAAAAUUACCCCUAAACCGGCAUCUGGUCAGUUAUCAGCACGAAUGCAAGUGGAGAAUAAUCUGCAGCAGCACUUUGAAAAGACUCGCUCGCUGGCCCCUUCCACUCCACUUACAGGGCGCAGGUACCUGAAGGAGAAAGAGGUGCUGAUCACACCAGUGUCUUUAGCUACUCAAAGUGUUAGUCGCCUGCAGAGCAUGGUGUCUGGCCUCUGCAAUGCUCCUACUGAUGCCCUGCUCCAGAUUUUCAAGUCUUGUUCCCGUGACCCGACUGAAGCUAUUUUAAAUCGAGUGAAGAAGCUAGGAGAGACUUUUAAACAGGCCUACACAAGACAAACAGAUGAUCUUCAGGGAGCCCAUAUGGACUUUGCUGAAAACCGUCUGAAGAUUGCCGAAAUACUGUAUUUUAAGAUUCUGGAGAAUGUUAUGGCUCAAGAGAUUAAGAGACUCCAGGGUAAAGAUAUGGCUGUGCUGUUGGAACAGGAUGUGUUCCACUGUUCUCUUUUGGUCUGCUGUCUGGAGGUUGUGCUGUUUGCAUACAGUUCUCAACGAACCUUCCCUUGGAUUUUAGAAACCUUCCAGCUUAGGCCAUUCUACUUUUACAAGGUAAUAGAGGUGUUCAUCCGCUCUGAGGAGGGCCUUUCUAGAGACAUGGUGAAGCACUUGAAUGUCAUAGAGGAGCAAGUGCUGGAAAGCUUGGCUUGGACAAAGGACUCUGUACUGUGGGAAGCAUUAGAGAAUGCUAAUUCUAGAGUUCCUACUGUAACAGAGGUAAAUUUUCCUAGUAGUCUUGAUUCAGGCCGCAACAGCAGUAGUGGGGUCCCCACCCACCUUCCUCUGGUGGCUCUGUCACCCAUCAUGCACCCUCGUCUCAGAGAGGUCCGCACUGGCUUAGGGUCUAGUGCUCGCAAAGAUGCUCCUCCAUCUCCCAUCUCACUCCAUGACCGCUUUAGUUCUCCAUCAGCAGGCAGUGCCAAAAGACGUUUGUUUGGUGAUGAUCCUCACCCUCAGUCUCCAGUGAAGCGAAUAGCUGUCACUCCUGUGAAAAUUAUACCCAACACCUCUAUAGAAAACAACCAAAACACAGCAACUGUCCUGUCCAUGUCCACUUCUAAUGGCCAGCAACUUAACAUUCCUUUGCCAGUGAUGAAGAAUGACAUGGGAAGUAUCACAGUAAUCCAGGUACAAGCAAACCAGCUGAACCCCCUCACUGCCCAGGUGCUGCUUACCUCCCCUCAUAAAGCCCCUGAGGUACAGACACAGCCAACCAACAGACCACGUCGCACAGGAUCCCUGGCACUUUUUUUCCGCAAGGUGUAUCAUUUAGCAAGUGUGCGUCUCAGAGAUCUAUGUCUGAAGCUGGACAUCUCUGCAGAAUUAAGAGGCAAAAUCUGGACAUGCUUUGAGCAGUCUCUGGUCCACUGUACAGACUUGAUGAUGGAUAGACAUCUGGAUCAGCUUUUGCUCUGUGCCGUCUACAUCGUAUCCAAGAUCUCAAAAGAGGAACACACUUUUCAAGACAUAAUGAAAUGUUAUCGGAGCCAACCUCAAGCAAGCAGCCACAUAUACCGCAGUGUGCUGCUGAGGAAAGGAAUCCAUGAACAGCAGGCUGAUGACAGAAUGGAGGUUGAUCCACCAACAGAUCAAACCAAUGCCAGGACAGAUCAGAGUGCCAAGAGCGACAGUGACUCAGAUGAGGAGAGGGGUGACCUUAUCCAAUUCUACAACUCUGUUUAUGUAAUGAAAAUGAAAUCUUUUGCAGUCAGAUAUGCUCAUCCAGCAGCUGACAGUAGAGUGGAUGCACCUCCAUUGUCACCAUUCCCCUCGCUGCGAGCUCAACCUCUGUCCCCACGCCGAAUAUCUCAGAGACACUCUCUUUAUCUGUCUCCUCACAAGAAUGGAUCCUGUCUCAAACCCAGCUCUGCUUACACAUACAAGUUUACUGGCAGCCCAUCCAAGGAGCUAAGUGACAUUAACCGAAUGAUCCGUCAGGGAAGUGUGAGCAAAAAGAGAGCCUUUACCAUGGAGGGAGACGAGACGGAGUCCCCUACCAAACGCUUGAGCCAGGAGAGUGAGGACGUACUUCUCAAACGGCUUCAAGAUGUUGUGACCGAGAGAGCCAAUCACUGACUGACACACACACACACACACACACAGAAUGCAAGUUUUUAACAUUCACAUGCUAUUUACAAUGCAGCAUGACCUUUAUAACCAAAGAGCUAUAACUCACAGAGCUAGCCAGGCUAUAGAGCCAGUGGAUCAUGAGUGACGGCUCAUUGUGAGCUUUGGUGGGAUUUCGGGUUCCUGUAAAAGGAGGUCAGAAUUUGAUCAUUAAUUUCAGUCAUUCUGAAAAAGCAGCAAAAUAUCUGUUUAACCUAAUUAAUCUAAAGCAUUGUAUAGCAUAGCACUCUGGGAAGGGGCUUCUGUAUACAUUAUAAAUGGGGCUGAAACUAUUUUACUGAGCACAACAUUAGUGUGUUCUAGCACAUGCUGCAUAUACAUGUAGCACUGUACUGUGUUGUGUAGUAUCUACACAUCAGUGACUCAAUGACUAAACUAAUAUAUAUAUAUAUAUAUAUGUUUCUUUUUUUUUUUUUCUUUUUUUUCUCUUUUCUCAAAAGUAAUGUUUUUUCACCCAGGUGGAGAAAUGUAUGUGUUCUAAUAUAAAUCACUAAUCAUGUUGGUAUAUAAGGUCAUACCAAGCUAACCUUCUUAAGACUUGCUUUGGCUUGAACCAAGUCUGUUUACAUGGUCUUUAAUUGUGGUCUCUAUGAUUACUUAUUUUAUUCUCAUUCUUAUUUGACCAUAUUGUUUUGUUUUCACUGUAAAGGAACAUGUAAAUAUUUUUAAACCCUCCCUCAAACAUUUGGAAUAUUCUCAGGAACAGUCUUUAAUAUUUGGACCUGAAUGAUUUUAAAAUGAAAAUCAAGCAUUAUCCAGUGACUUUUUUUUAUUGGAAAACAAGUUGUGGGGAUGAGAAGACAAAAUUUCAGUUACAAAUGGCUGUUUAUUGUAUGGAAUUAUGUUUUUAAGAUAUUUUGUAAUCUCACAUUGGUUAAGAGGCUUAUUGUAAGUGAAAACAUCUGUAUAUUAUGCAAAUGUUCAGUAUUGUUCUUGUCAGUUUAUGGAUGUAUAGAUUAAACUUUGUUUCAUAAACUAUCUUCA